AACAAAUAACUUCAUCAUUCCAAAAAGCUUAUUGUUUUUUUGUUCUCUAGGAAUCUCCACCACUAAGAAAAACCCAUCUCAUAUACACAAUUUUCAACUGCCAAAUCUCUUCCUCUAUGAAAUUUAGCCCCCAACAAAACCUAGUGGAUUUGUUGUUAAGACUCAAUUUUCAAAUACCACUAAUUCUUUUGUCUGUCAUUCACAUGCCUAGGCAUCAGAAAAAAACACAACAAAGAAAGAAGCCAAAGCGGCCGUCGUGGACGUGACAGAAAGGUCAAGUGACAGAACCACACACGCUUGCCGUACAACAUGCCAAGAACCCGCAUGCAUACAAAUUCUGGUUAUAUGUUCUUGAUUUCUUUAUUCUCUCCGUCUCUCCAAUUUCAUUUUCAUGGUCCCCCUGUUGAUGAUCUGGGACUGAAUAGGAUCUCUGAAGCAGACUAGAACCUGCCCUUCAACGCAUUUCAUAAUAUACAUCUUAUGCACGAUCAAUCCAGUACUCUUUAACAUAACGUUCAGGGCCAUUGAAGCUUUCUUUACCUUCUCUGGAGAGAAGGAGGAUGAUGGAUUUGGAAGAGAUGUUCUUGUCGCAUAUUUCAGCCUCAUUUAACCUCCAGUUUGGAAAAGCAUGGCUGCAGCUAGACUCACCCUGUUUAUGGGAGCACAUAAGCAUGGCCAUCCAGCUAGGUUUCCUGGGAAUUUUAUUGAUCCAGUUUGUAAGCAGAUUAUUGCGCCAAAUAUUCAAGUUCCAAGUAAAGGGUACAGAACAUGGCACAGACGAGUAUCCGAUUGGUAUCAAGUUCGGCUUCUCUUACAAAGCCACCCUAGUUUCCUCUACUGUACUCCUGGGAACCCAUUGUUUGAUGCUACUGAUGUUGCUGAAUGGUUCUGAGAUUCACCAUUGCAAGGCCAGAGUCAAAACUUUUUCGUCAGAGAUCAUGCAAGUAGUGUCAUGGGCAAUUACCCUAAUUGCAUUAUACUGCAUUCGGAAGAACAAGAACAAGAAGUUUCCUUGGAUUCUAAGAGCGUGGUGGGUUUGCAGCUUCUUGUUACAUCUUAUCUGCACCUCUCUUGAUACCUAUGUCAGAGGUGCAAACCGUGAACCUCUUCAAAUACAAGAUUAUGCAGACUUCAUUUGUCUUCCUGCAUCGAUCUUCUUGCUGGGUAUUUCGAUCCGUGGAAAGACAGGCAUUGUCUUGGUGGCCUCCAAUGGCAUCACUCAGCCACUUCUUGUUGAGAAAACUGACAAGGAUUCAGCAAGCAAAAAGAAAUCUUCAUAUGGGAAAGCUACUCUUCUCCAACUCAUCACUUUUGCUUGGCUCAAUCCUCUUUUUGCUGUCGGCAUCAAGAAACCUCUUGAACAAAAUGAUAUCCCAGAUGUCGACGUCAAGGAUUCUGCUGAAUUUCUCUCUAGGUCCUUCACUGGAGAUCUGAAUAAAGUCAAGGAGAAAGAUCAAACCACAAACCCAUCAAUCUAUAGAGCAAUACUUUUCUUCAUCACAAAGAAAGCAGCAAUAAAUGCAAUAUUUGCAGUUGUAAGUGCAUCGGCAUCAUAUGUUGGCCCAUAUCUCAUCAAUGACUUUGUAAGCUUUCUAACGGAGAAGAAAACUCAGAAGUUAGAGACUGGUUACUUUCUUGCUCUAGCCUUUCUAGGAGCAAAGACAGUGGAGACAAUAGCACAGAGGCAAUGGAUCUUCGGGGCUCGCCAGCUAGGCCUUCGCCUUCGAGCUGCAUUGGUAUCUCAAAUAUAUAAAAAGGGUCUGCGUCUGUCAAGCCAAUCUCGCCAAAGCCACAAUGGUGGAGAGAUUAUGAACUAUGUGAGUGUGGAUAUCCAACGAAUCACAGAUUUCAUCUGGUACAUGAAUACCAUAUGGAUGCUGCCUGUACAAAUAUCCUUAGCAGUCUAUGUUUUACAUACAAAUAUAGGAUUGGGAUCAUUGGCUGCAUUAGCCGCAACUUUAACGGUGAUGGCCUUCAACAUACCCCUUACAAGGAUCCAGAAAAGAUACCAGUCGAAGAUCAUGGAGGCCAAAGAUGGUAGGAUGAAAGCCACUUCAGAAGUUCUUCGAAACAUGAAGAUAAUAAAGCUUCAAGCAUGGGAUAGUCAGUUUCUCCAAAAGCUAGAAGGCUUGAGGAAAAUAGAGUAUAACUGGUUAUGGAAAUCACUAAGGUUGGGGGCAUUGUCAGCUUUCAUAUUCUGGGGGUCCCCCACAUUCAUUUCUGUGGUAACUUUUGGAGCAUGCAUGUUCAUGGGGAUUCAACUCACAGCGGGGAGAGUCUUAUCUGCACUAGCGACAUUCAGAAUGUUACAGGACCCAAUAUUCAGUUUACCCGAUUUACUCUCAGUAAUAGCACAGGGUAAAGUUUCAGUAGAUAGAGUGGCUUCCUUCCUUGGGGAAGAGGAAAUUCAGCUUGAUGCCAUAGAGUUUGUUCCAAAAGAUCAAACAGAGUACGGACUUGAGAUUGACAAUGGGAAGUUCAGUUGGGAUCCCGAGUCAAGCAGCCCAACCCUUCAUGGAAUACAUUUAAAAGUAAAGAGGGGGAUGAAGGUGGCAAUUUGUGGAACUGUAGGAUCAGGAAAAUCUAGCCUGCUUUCUUGUGUUAUUGGAGAAAUAUCGAAGCUAUCGGGAACAGUGAAGAUCAGUGGAACAAAAGCUUAUGUUCCCCAGUCACCAUGGAUACUGACAGGAAACAUCAGGGAUAAUAUUCUAUUUGGGCAUCCAUAUGACAGUGCCAAAUAUGACAGAACAGUUAAAGCAUGUGCUUUGAUAAAGGAUUUUGAGUUGUUUUCCCAUGGUGACCUAACAGAGAUCGGAGAAAGAGGGAUAAACAUGAGUGGGGGGCAGAAGCAACGGAUACAAAUAGCCCGUGCUGUUUACCAGGAUGCAGAUAUAUAUCUACUAGAUGACCCUUUCAGUGCAGUGGAUGCUCAUACAGGAACCCAACUCUUUCAUGAAUGCCUGAUGGGGAUACUUAAAGACAAGACCAUAUUAUAUGUUACCCACCAAGUCGAGUUUCUCCCAGCAGCAGAACUCAUAGUGGUGAUGCAAAAUGGAAGAAUUGCACAAGCUGGAACUUUUGAAGAACUUCUAAAACAGAAUAUAGGAUUUGAAGUUUUAGUUGGUGCUCAUAAUGAAGCUCUAGAGUCAAUCCUCGCAGUUGAAAGUUCAAGUAGGACAUCUCAAGAACCAGCAUAUGAAUGCGAAUCCCAAAUUGAUUCCACUUCAAAUGCGGAACUUCUACACACACAGCAUGAUUCAGAGCAUAACCUGUCCCUGGAGAUAACAGAAAAGGGAGGAAAACUGGUGCAAGACGAAGAGAGAGAGACAGGGAGCAUUGGGAAAGAGGUUUACUGGUCAUAUCUGACCACUGUGAAGGGUGGAAUACUAGUUCCAAUCAUAAUCUUGGCACAGUCAUCAUUCCAAGUGUUACAAAUAGCCAGUAACUACUGGAUGGCGUGGGCUACUCCUCCUACAAGUGAGGCUAAGCCAAUAUUUAGCAUGAAUACCGUAUUACUAGUUUAUAUACUUCUAGCGGUUGGCAGUUCACUUUGUGUACUGGUGCGGUCAUCCUUAGUUGCAAUAGCAGGAAUUUCAACAGCACAGAAGCUUUUCACAAACAUGCAGAAGAGUGUUCUCCGUGCACCAAUGGCAUUUUUUGAUUCAACGCCAACUGGAAGGAUCCUAAACCGGGCAUCUACAGAUCAAAGUGUGCUGGACCUGGAAAUGGCAAACAGAAUAGGUUGGUGUGCUUUCUCGAUAAUACAGAUACUAGGGACCAUCGCAGUGAUGUCGCAGGUAGCAUGGGCCGUAUUUGGUAUCUUCAUUCCAGUAACUGCAAUAUGCAUAUGGUACCAACAAUAUUACACACCAACAGCAAGAGAAUUGGCCCGCUUAGCACAGAUACAGUUGGCUCCAAUCCUUCACCACUUUUCAGAAUCGCUAUCAGGAGCAGCAACAAUUCGUGCUUUUGAUCAAGAAGACCGCUUUUUCAAUGCAAACCUUGGUCUUAUAGAUGGCCAUUCAAGGCCAUGGUUUCACAAUGUAUCUGCAAUGGAAUGGCUUUCCUUCAGACUGAAUAUACUAUCCAAUUUUGUGUUUGCCUUCUCACUGGUUGUGUUGGUAUCCCUCCCUGAAGGAAUCAUCAAUCCAAGCAUUGCAGGGUUGGCAGUAACGUAUGGAAUAAAUCUGAAUGUUUUGCAAGCUUCAGUUAUAUGGAAUAUAUGCAAUGCAGAAAAUAAAAUGAUCUCAGUAGAAAGAAUACUUCAGUACUCAAACAUACCAAGUGAAGCACCUCAUUUGAUUGAAGAAAGAAGACCCCCAACUAGCUGGCCAGAAGUCGGAAUAAUCUGCUUCAAAAAUUUGCAAAUUCGAUAUGCGGAACAUCUUCCAUCUGUUUUAAAGAAUAUUAACUGCACCUUUCAUGGAAGAAAGAAGGUUGGUGUUGUGGGAAGGACAGGUAGUGGGAAAUCAACCCUUAUACAGGCUAUAUUCAGGAUUGUUGAACCCAGAGAAGGGAGCAUUAUAAUCGAUGGUGUAGACAUUUGCAACAUUGGGCUUCAUGACUUGAGGUCAAGACUAAGCAUCAUUCCACAGGACCCAACAAUGUUUGAAGGAACAGUGAGAGGAAACCUCGACCCUUUAAUGCAAUAUUCUGAUCAUGAAGUAUGGGAGACUUUAGACAAGUGUCAACUGGGUGAUCUGGUGCGUGCUAAGGAAGAGAAAUUGGAUACCACAGUGAUUGAAAAUGGAGAAAAUUGGAGUGUGGGGCAAAGACAGCUGUUCUGCCUUGGAAGAGCCUUACUAAAGAAGAGCAGCAUUCUAGUGUUAGAUGAAGCAACAGCAUCAGUAGACUCUGCUACUGACAAUGUGAUACAGAAGAUUAUUAGUCAGGAAUUCAAAGAUCGGACAGUUGUGACAAUAGCACACAGAAUCCACACGGUUAUUGACAGUGAUUUUGUUUUAGUCCUUCAUGAUGGAAGAAUCGCGGAGUAUGAUACCCCGGCAAAGCUACUUGAAAGAGAGGAUUCAUUCUUUUCUAAACUUAUAAAGGAGUACUCCAUGAGAUCAAAGGGUUUCAACAGCAAGGAAAAGUCCACAUGAUUAAAUCAUUGCUAAUCAGAAUCUAUGAUGACCCAGCAAUAGAGACUGAAAACAUCCUCAGAUGAUACCAGUAGACAGUUCGAGUGAAUGAAGCCAAGGAAUCAACAAGAACCCGCUUGCAGUAACCGUAACAAUAUGCAAUGGAGAGCUAAAGUUCAUUCCUUUCUUUUCAAGUACAACCCCAGGAAAGAGAAGCAGCACACCCAAAAUCCAGGAAACAAAAAUCACUAUAACUAGCAGGAUAUAACUAUAAGCAUAUCAAUAAUUAUUUUAGUAUUCUAGGAGUAGUAAUAACACAUGAGGGAGAAUUUUUGGAUGGUUUACCAUUUGCCCAUUUACACUUUUUUUUGUAAUUGGUAAUUCUCCAACCCAA